AUGGCAGGGGAUGUAAAGGAGGCACUGCUGAGGAGCAGGGCAUCCUUGUCUGACUUGCGGCUGGACGCUGCUGCAGGCAAGAAGACGAUCCGCAAGAAGUCCGGGGGGGUCACACUUGCGAUGCCAGUGCUAAUGUCAGCGAGGACGGAAGGUGAAGUUACCACUUGGACACUUGUUCUCUCAACCAUCCGGAAAUCUCCAUCAAGCACCUUCUACUUCUGUGUGAUCACAAGCGUGUGCCUGGCCAAGGUGGCUCUGGUUGCUUCGACGGCGGGCUCCAUCCUCGGGGCGUUCUACAAGACUUUGCUGGCCAAGGACCUGGCAGCAUUCGCAACGAAUUGUGUGAAAGCGUUGGCAUCACAUUCACACCUUGUUUGCCUGCCAGAGGAAUCUGACAUGAGAUCGAUAGAGAUCCUUGCUGCAAGGUGGAGAUUGGAAUUGACAAGUCAAUUGCAACGGAUGUACUUUGAUGGGAGGAAGCGAAUCCUCUCCAAGCUUGUUGACUGCUCAAGGAAACACUCGCUGGGUUUGCCUGAUGGUCUUGUCGAGAAGUUGGACAACAUCGACCAGAGGUUGGUCAACGAUGCCAAACUCCUCUGCGACACCAUUUCUCGCAUCGUCCUCCAGAUCAUCACAGCUCCUGUCUCCAUCGCUGUCUACGUGAUCCUCUCGCUCAGGGCUGUUGGCUGGGUGGCGCCGGUUGCGAUCUCUGGUUUCUUCCUUAGCGGCUUGUUGAUCAACCACCUGCUGGCGCGUUCGGUUGAGAAGAGAGUCGCACAACACCAGAGGUUGGAAGGAGAUUUCCGUUUGACUCACAAGUGGACUGUGGAUAUGGCGCAAGAGAUCAGCAUGUCGAAGGGCGUUGACUUCCUGAGAGAAAUCACUCACAACAAUCUCGUGGAUGUCUACAAUGUGCAGCUGAAAGUUGCGUCAAGACACUGGUUUUUGAACAUGUCGUCGAACAUGUUCAUGUACUUUGGGAGCAUCGUCAACUACCUGAUCAUUGCCAUUGCUGUGUUUGCAAGCUCAGCAUUCUGGACCUUCGGGAGUGUGAGCGGGAUUCAGAGCGACGACAGUUCGACGUUCGCCUCCAACAUCAGCCAGGCAUCCUUCAACACGCUGGCGCUGUGCGAGGGCUUUUCGCUCAUGAUCCAGGCGUCGGUCGACAUCGGAGACGCCAGGGGAUACGCGAAGUAG